UUGGCGAUUGGGUUUUUUGUUCAGUCCUAAUCAAUAAGAACGGGUCAUGUUGAGAAAAUAUCAAGAAGCGGAAUUGUCCAUUGCUCCAUCCUACAAGUACCAGACGUUUUUUAAAUAAAUUUAAUUUUAGAUAUUGAAAGAAUGGUUAAUAAUGCAAAGAAGUUUGCUGAAGAGGAUAAACGUGUUAAAGAAACUGUUACAUUACGUAAUGAAUUGGAAUCACAUGCCUAUCAACUCAAAAACCAGGUAUUAUGCAGAUGUGUGCUUCAACAACAAACACUCCUAGAACGUGUGGCUGAAGUUCUGAAACAUCUGCAGCUACAACAAGACAAGUGUUAUUGUGGGCAGUGUUCAAAAUGA